GACGAUGUCGCUGUCGCUCAACGAUUCCCGAUUAGGCAACUUUGGUCGACGUGCAUUAUUGCUUACCUUACACAGCUUGAACUGCUCAGACAGCUUCAUCGACAUGGCUGCUGGUCAGCUUGUUGAGAUUUGUCAAACACUAGCAAGCCUUGAAAAUAUAUAAGAAGACUGGGAGGCCGGGUUGAACAUGAACCAACAAAGACAUCUGACAUAAUCGCUUUACACUUCACACUGAACCUCAUUCAAAUUUCUUGGAUUCACUGAAUCCCUCCAGCCCAGCCGCAUCAUGGAUCUCAAGAGCCUUCCAGUAGACUAUUUCGUCACCAGCCUUCAAUUCACCAAGCAUGUCUAUCAAGAUGUGUACCCCUCCAUUGACCCCUCGAACCCCGAGCUGUCUCUGGUCGGCAAGGUUGCCAUCAUCACGGGCGCCAGUCGCGGCAUGGGAGCCAUGGGCAUUGCUCCGGCCUUUGCUCGAGCCGGAGCAAAGGCCAUUGUGCUGGUGGCCACCAAUGCCGAGAGGCUGAGCGCCGUUGAGGCCAGUCUCAAGGCCAUCAACUCCAACGUCCAAGUCCUCUCGGUCGCAACCGACAUUUCGGAUGCCAACUCUGUGGCAGACUUGUUCGCCAAGGUCAAGGCCAGCUUUGGACAUGCCGAUAUCCUCAUCAACAACGCGGCAGCCCACUCUGGUAUCGGAAACCUCCUGGACGAGGAUCCGGAGAAGUGGUGGCUCAACUUUGAAGUCAACACCAAAGGCGCCUUCCUGCUGGCCCAAAACUUCCUCAAAGCCCUGCCGUCGCCAUCCACCCCAGCCACCAUUGUCAACCUCGUCUCAGCCGCCGCGUGGCUGGUGUAUCCCUUCAUGGCGGGUUACAGCAUCAGCAAGCUCGCCGCGUUGCAGCUGAUGACGCACAUCGCGGCUGCUUAUCCGAACGUCACGACCGUCAGCUUGCACCCCGGCCUCGUUAAGACCGACAUGCUUCAAGAUGAAUUCAGAAGGUUUAAUCUCGACUCGCCGGCAUUGAUUGGCGGCCUCACCGUGUGGCUCUCUACCGAGAAGGCCAAGUUUCUGACGGGGCGAACCAUUGUGUCGAACUGGAGUGUUGAUGACUUAGUCGAGCGGAAGGAGGAGAUUGAGGCGGGAAAUCUCUUGCGGAUUAAUCUCACAGGGAAGUUUGGGAAGGGUCAGUUUGAAUAAACGACAGAACUGUAUCUAGGAGACACAAUAUGGACCAGAUGGAUCAGAUAACAAAGAAAGAGCUAACGGUGGAACAAAAGACUUC